AUGGUUCGACUUCUCGAUUACUACUGUCUGUGUACUGUUGCUCUGGUCGUUGAUGCAGGACUCAGCUCUCGCUCUGUUUAUGGUGUCAAAGAGUCACAUCAUGCCCCUGAUAUCUGGGCUCGCAGGGGAAGAGCAUCGCCAGAUCACGAGAUCGAGAUGCACAUUGGGCUGAGGCAACAAGGGUUUCCAAAACUGGAGCAACAGCUUCAUCAGAUCUCCUCGCCAUCUCAUCCUCGAUAUGGACAGUAUUUGAGUGUAUCCGAGAUUAGCAACCUCAUCUCACCCCAAGAGCAGAGUAUCGAGUUCGUUCUGGAAUGGUUGGCAGAAAACGGUAUCUCAGAAGAUGGGCUCAGUUUCUCUCCCAGCCGGGAUUGGGUGUCGCUCAAUCUCACAGUCCAAAGGAUAGAAGAUUUGCUGGCCACAGAGUACCAAAUCUUUCAGGACCAAGACGUCGCGGUUGUUCGCACUAACGAAUGGUCCUUACCAAAACAUCUACACGAUCAUAUCGAUUGCAUUCAACCAACCACUUCGUACUUUGGUGCGUCUGCGAAAGCGCAAAGCCAGAAUGUAGUAGCGCUUAGAUAUGAGAAUCAUGCCCCAGCGGCCGUACAGGCGCGAGANAGAAAGUCCCAGCUCAACAAGACUGCAAAAGCCUGUAAUGCCAGCGAAAUUACACCGACAUGUCUUCGAACUCUGUAUGGCUUCGAUGACUACGAAAUCCAAGCUGCAGACAGAAACUCAAUGGCUCUCACAAACUACCUGCAUCAAUUCAACAACCGAUCCGAUAUAGCCCUUUUCAUGUCUNNCCAAUAUCGUCCGGAUAUUCCUCAUGAUGCUUGGAACUUUACCGACGUGCUGAUUGCUGGCGGUGUCAAUCAACAAUCUCCAGCUGAUCCUGAUCAGCUGAAACAUGGAAAAGGCAAGGAGGGCAACCUUGAUGCACAAGUCAUGUUGGGACUGGCCUGGCCUACACCUUUGACCAUCUUCACCACGCUCGGUGUACCUCCCCCCUUCAAACCAACCGCUUUUGCACAAAACAACACGAACGAGCCGUAUCUCAUCUGGCUCCAACAUGUCCUCGCUCUGCCAGACGAAGAGCUACCGAGAGUCAUCAGCACAAGCUACGGUGACAUCGAGCGCACCCUCCCAGAAGCAUAUGCCAGACGUGUGUGCAACUCUUUUGCGCAGUUGGGUGCCCGUGGUGUCACUGUGAUUUUCGGAUCUGGAGACUCGGGCGUAGGCCGCGAUGGUACCUGUCACACAAACCACAACGAUGGCUCAGCCGAAACCCCAGAGUUCUUGACCAGUUUCCCAGACUGCUGUCCAUAUGUGACGAGCGUGGGAGCAACCAUGGGUAUCGAACCCGAGGUUGUGGCCAUCCACGAUGCUAAGCGUUUCGUAUCUGGCGGUGGCUUCUCUCACUACUUUAAGCGUCCUGCAUGGCAAGAUGCUGCCGUAGAGAAGUAUCUGGGUGCCUUAGGCGAGCAACAUUCAGGCAUGUUCGAGCGAGGCGGUGCUGCGUACCCUGAUGUCAGCGCACAAGGUUACCAAUACGCCAUCGUCUGGAAUGGCACCAAACAUCUGGUCGAUGGUACGAGUGCCAGUGCCCCGACCUUCGCUGCCAUCGUCGCACUCUUGAACGAUGCUCUGCUUGCUGCUGGGCGACCAGCACUGGGGUUCCUGAAUCCAUUAAUCUGGGAAGCGGGAAUGUCUGAUCAAGGAUUCCGAGAUAUCAUCUCGGGAAGUAACAAGGGAUGUAAUGGUACAGGCUUUCCAGCUACUGCUGGUUGGGAUCCAGCAAGUGGCUGGGGAACUCCAGUAAGUCGCGGCCGUGAUGUUCGAGUAAAACUCCCUGACUGA